UGGAAGAAGGGCGAGCAGAACGGGCAAGAGGAGAAGUGGUGCGAGAAGGCGGUCAAGAGUUUGGUCAAGAAGCUCAAGAAGACGGGGCAGCUGGACGAGCUGGAGAAGGCCAUCACCACGCAGAACGUCAACACCAAGUGCAUCACCAUCCCCAGGUCCCUGGACGGCCGGCUGCAGGUGUCCCACCGAAAGGGGCUCCCCCAUGUCAUCUACUGCCGCCUGUGGCGAUGGCCCGACCUGCACAGCCACCACGAGCUGCGGGCCAUGGAGCUGUGUGAGUUUGCCUUCAACAUGAAGAAGGACGAGGUCUGCGUGAAUCCCUACCACUAUCAGAGGGUGGAGACCCCAGUUCUACCUCCCGUGUUGGUGCCACGCCACACAGAGAUCCCGGCCGAGUUCCCCCCGCUGGACGACUACAGCCAUUCCAUCCCUGAAAACACUAACUUCCCCGCGGGCAUCGAGCCCCAGAGCAAUAUUCCAGAAACCCCACCCCCGGGCUACCUGAGUGAAGAUGGAGAGACCAGUGACCACCAGAUGAACCACAGCAUGGAUGCAGGUUCUCCAAACCUCUCCCCGAAUCCGAUGUCCCCGGCACACAAUAACUUGGACCUGCAGCCCGUGACCUACUGCGAGCCGGCCUUCUGGUGCUCCAUCUCCUACUAUGAGCUGAACCAGCGCGUCGGGGAGACAUUCCACGCCUCGCAGCCGUCCAUGACGGUGGACGGCUUCACCGACCCCUCGAACUCGGAGCGCUUCUGCCUGGGGCUGCUCUCCAACGUCAACAGGAACGCGGCGGUGGAGCUGACGCGGAGACACAUCGGGCGAGGUGUGCGACUGUACUACAUCGGAGGGGAGGUCUUCGCAGAGUGCCUCAGCGACAGUGCCAUCUUUGUCCAGUCUCCCAACUGUAACCAGCGCUACGGCUGGCAUCCAGCCACCGUCUGCAAGAUCCCACCAGGAUGCAACCUGAAGAUCUUCAACAACCAAGAGUUUGCCGCCCUCCUGGCUCAGUCCGUCAACCAGGGCUUCGAGGCCGUGUACCAGCUGACGCGCAUGUGCACCAUCCGCAUGAGCUUCGUCAAGGGCUGGGGCGCCGAGUACAGGAGACAGACGGUGACCAGCACCCCCUGCUGGAUCGAGCUGCACCUGAAUGGGCCUCUGCAGUGGCUGGACAAGGUCCUCACCCAGAUGGGCUCCCCAAGCAUCCGCUGUUCCAGUGUGUCUUAGAGACAGUGGGUGUGAAGGGGGCGGGAGGGGAGGGUGGGCUUGGGGGAAACGGCCAGGUAGGAGGUGGAGAAACCAGAACUCAACUCACUGUUGUCAAGGAAGAAGAAAUUUUUCUCCCUCAACCAAAGUGGCACCAGCCUGUUUUCCAAAACACAAAAACAAACCCAGAGAGGGAUUUUUAUGAACAGCUGUGUCUGCUGAAUACAUUUGCCCUUCGGCCCCAGUUUGAAGGGCAAGAAAUGGCUUCUGCUCUGGUCGCUGGAGCACAGACAGGUAGCAGUUCCCCACCUGCCCCCUCCCCCAGCCCCCUUCUUUUUUAAUGAAAGCAAACUGGGGUGUCACUGUCCAACAGGAAAUGGCCCUCUGUUCAGGACCAGAGUGUGGAAGUCACCUUGGGUGUUCUAGGGAGGGAGACGCCUGCAGAGGCAUGAGCACACCUCGGACACAGCCCCCCUCUUCACCGAGCGUUCCAGAACCCCCGGCAGCAGCAGACCGAAUACCCUGGGGGCUGGAUCGACUUGGGCCAGGGAGGGGGCUUGUCUGUCCCCACCCCUCAGAGCACACCGAGUGGCAUGGCGCGAGCGGGCGUGUUAUGGACGGGCACACACAGAUGGUGGGAAAAGGCGGCAAGGCAACUCUUCUUUAAAAAUGCUCUUAAAGUUGUCCUCACAUUCAACAGUUGGAAGGCUCUGUUGAGGCUCAGUACAUACGCAAUGUAUAGUUUAUACCAUCACGUUAAUCUCAAAGAGAUUUGACUGGCGUGGAGUAUUUACACAAAGCAAGAGGCAGUGUCCGUGAGGGCGUUCGGCUGAAGGCAGCACUACGGUGUGCGGGGUCUUGAGUCCCCUGUAAGCGCUCACUCCGUAUUCUCAUGCAUUCGGCUAUCCUGGUGGAUGUCGUCACUUGCAUUAAUUAAAUUAACUUGAUUGUAUGCUCUUUACAACGUUUGUUUUCUAUUAAAAAGCAAACCAAGCAACCCUGGGUUGGCACACUGGCUGGGAAACCAGAGCGGACACCCAGCAACUUCUCUCCCAGCGUGAAGCUUCUCCAGGCUUUGUAGAGAAGACACCUGCCAGCACUUUUGGAAGCUGAAAUGAACAGAAGCAAAUUCACCAGGAGGGAAAAAUCUCAGGCCAACAUAGGCAAGUGAAAGGGCUAUUAAAAAAUUUUUUUUUUACACCUUUGAAAAUUGCAGGCUUGGUGCAAAGAAGUCUGUCAUCUUUCUCCUGGGACAUGAAAUUAUCUGGCUCACGGUAGAGGCUCAUCAGAGACAAGUGUGGCAGUUAUCUGGUGUCAUAAGUACUGCUCCCAGUGGCAAUUAGUGAGAAAACGAUUAUAAAUUAUUUCAACUGGAAAAAAAAAAAGAGCCCUCUUUACUGGCCUUUUGCAGAACACAGCAGACAGGAUUGCCGCUUGCAACUGGUACUUUAUUCUUUGCUGCUGUUUUUUGUAUGAAAUGACUUAUGCCAUAUUUUUGCAUGGAUUUCUACCAGGAAAAAUAAAGGGAUUUCCUAUGGAAGUCCUGUCUUAUUCCAGGUGAAGGGAAGAAAGUGUCUACUCUUGGCAGGUAUAAACCUCAACUGUGAUGACAUUUCUGAUGUUUAUGGAGAUGUUGGGGGCCUCCCGGCGCCUCACUUGCAGGGUCCUGGGCCUCUGAAGCUCCAGCCUUGAGGUUUCCAGGUAGGAGAGCUACUUGCCAAGCCUCUGGAGGACACAGGAAGAGACGGAAGGAGCAUCUUGCCAGACCUGGGCUAGUCUUCGUGCAGGGCUGUUGACACGGAGCCCAGAGACAAUGCGUGACCCUUCACUCCACCUGAGAGGGUCAGAUCUGCAGGUCUGACGUUUGUGCCUGGUGUGAAAUAACUGUGAACGGCUUCUUGCAGAGUCAGGAAGCCGUCUGAACCUCCUGGAUGUGCGAUCCUGCUCCCAGUCAGGUCUGAGACUCGCGGUAUGAAUUACUUAUUCUGUUUCGGCCUUGGCCGGAGCAGUCGUGGUGCCCCCUCUAAAAGCCAUGGGCAGCAGCCUCUGAGGGCCUGCGUUCUCCACCUGCUUCGUGAGCCCCUCUGAAGGCUUCCUGUGGCGCACCGCUGUCCCCCAGCUACUUGGGAACUGGCCUCAGGUACAGCCCAGUUUGGGCGAUCCAGUGGUCACGUCUGGCUGCAUUCGGAUGGUGUCUUAGAACCCUCGAUGCUCAAGGCUACUUCUAGGAGGUAUGAAGUGUUAGUAUUGUGUUUUUCCAAAAGCUACUUACUUGGCCCUUUAUAGAUGAGACGCUGGAGGAGGAUGCGUGAGGAAAAGGCGGGGCAGCCCCCCUGCAGCACCACUGAGGGUAGGACCUGGUUUCCCUGCUGUGGAGGCACUGUGAGACCUGUGUAGUAGGAGUCUCCUUCAAGUCAGAAGAAGAGUUUUAAAAUCUUUUGCAUAAAAGGCAUUUAUACAUUAAAAGUUUUUAAAGGACAGCUGAACGGGGCAAGAGGAAAUCAGGGCAGGUCUGGCGGGGAGGGGGUUGGGAACAGUAGCUGGGGGUUAGCAUUUUAAGUGCAGUCGCCUAGGCUGCACGACCUGCCCUGUGCCCCUGCCCCGGGCUGCCCGCCAGGCCGCCGGCACCUUGCGGCUUGUGCUGACGCUGACCUGACAGCCCCUCCAGCCUGCCUGGGGGUGGCGGGUGCAGAGCCUGGCCUCGGCACCUCCCCAGGAGCCAACUUCUGGUCCCUCUCCUCUCCUCCCGGCGUCCUCCCCCCUCCUAACUUUAUUUAGUACUUGGAGCCUUCCCGUGCCAGUAGGCAGCCGCCCGGCGGUUCGGGUUACCGGCCUGUGCUGGCCCGUCAUCUGGGCUGGCCCCCUUCCUGGCAGGCCGCGGAAGACCUGACAUUUUGAGACAAGCCCAGAGUCAGGAGCGGGGGGCUUGGACUCUUCUCUUAGGAGGAACACACAUGAGGGCAAGGCUGCUGGCAGACUUUUCCAUUGUCCUUAUGUUGUCUGUGCUGUAUUUUUAUAUUGACCGUGGUGAUUAUUUUUUUAAAUCAUUGUUAAUGUAUUGGAAUGAGCUGUAUAGCACGUAUCUUGUGCUUAGUUUGUUUUUCUCCAUCUCCCUUUGGCUUCCUAGAGUUUGGAUAUAUUCCAGGGCUAAAUGCUUUUACUCAAACCGCAGAAAGAGGUUUUCUUUAAGUAAUGUGUGCAUGUCAAGCAUGUGUGUGAGGCGCUUGGGGAAAAGGCAGAUAUCUGGUUUCAUUCUCAGCCCCAAGCUGCCCUUUCGGAGGCUCCGUGCGGGUCUGCAGGGCCGGAGCUCCCACCAGGCCACUCUCCGGAGCCUUUAGGAGGGAGGGGCAGGACGCUGCAGCCUGCUCGUGCUUGUUUACCAAGGGGGUGACUAGUAGCAAGAGCAGGCACGAGUUUAGUUCUGGACCCUCUGCCUUACUGUGUGACUUCAAGUGGCAGAGGUGGGAGUUUUCCCCAAAUUUCCAUCUUUGCUAGAAGAAAACUUCGACUUAACACAGCCAAGUUGUACCAUUUUUCUUCGUGUGGCAUAGACACUCCCCUCUAGAACCCUUUCAAGUAAGUCUUUCAGGAGUAUCGGCCACUUCUCACGUGGGUGGGAACGCAGAGAAAUGGACACAAGAGGAUAUGGAUCAAAAUCAGACGGAAGAGUCGGGAAAUGACUUGGUACACAGGCAACCUUCCAGAAACACGGCUAUCAAUCACACAGAGAUACUCGCCUAUUGUGUAAACUGGAUUGAGAAACUCAAGUGAUUUUUUUUUAAUGCUUAAGUAAUGCCCACGUGAGCAUUCUGUUGUUUUUAUAUUUAUGUAAUAAUUUCUUAAAACCAUUCAAGACAGAUAACUAUUUAAUUUGUUGAAGGAAGAGUCUCCUCCCGAGGACAGCAGCUGGGAAGAGGUGGGGGCACAGCCAGUUCUGAAUGGCGCUGGAGGGCGCGGUGGCUUCUUGGCUCAGCAUCGAGAGCCACCCUCCCCCCUCCCCCCAGGCUGGGGUGACUGGCAGCAUGUGACACAGGCAGCUCGGAGUCAGAUGGAGGCCCUUCCGCAGGGUCCUCUGAACCAAGCCCCUCUCCCUUCCCAGCGGUGAGAACUUGACAGAGGGAGGGAGCCCCUUCCUCCCGGAAGCCUUCACCCACCCUCGCUGCUGCUCUUGCGACUGGGCUGGUCGGUGCGGGAUCGCUCUGGUGUGCGUUUGGGUGGGGAAGACGCUGUGGAGGACGUUGAUUACCUUCACUUCUCAGCCCGCCUGACCUUUUAAUACCUUUGUAAAAAGCAUGUAUGUAUUUAUAGUGUUUUAGAUUUUUCUAACUUUUGUAUCUUAAGAGCAGCGCCCCUGUCGAAGCAUUGUACCCCUACUGUUAAAGACCUGUGUCCUCUCUCCUCCUCUCCCUCCAUAAGUGCCCUUCUAAUAAACUUUUCAUUGCAAAGCUG